AAGUUAGCUUUGACUUGAAAACGCGCAAAUGUUUUUCUUUUUUUCUAUAUUCUAACCUCAAAAAUCAAAAAUGAUUUUGAGGAAUGAAGAGCUCAAGACCAAUCUUUGAUGUUGAUCAAUAUUUGUAAUUAUUUUAAACUACUUCUCAAUGGUCAGUGGUCACGUCGUCACAUAAAAUUAAUGAAUCUGUUAAUCAUAAUCAGUCAUCAUGAAGUGCAAUAUACUGGGACAGAAUGUUAAAGUUCUAGCUCGUGCACUGCAUGCUUUGGCCAGAGUUGGGGAUGACCUGUUCAUAGAUAUGAUAAAUGACAGGCUUCUUUUACGAACAGUAAACUCGACCCAGUCAGCUUUUGCCGAAUUCAUCUUCCUCAACAGAUUCUUCACCUUUUACAAUCUAGAAACUGAUCUCAACGACGAAACGCCAAAAUGUAAAAUUUCAAUGAAAUCAUUUUUGACAGUUUUCAAAACGCCCAACUCAAUGGACAGGAUGGUAGAUGGUUGUGAGUUUAAUUUUGAACCAGACGCCUCGCAGCUUAUUUUGAAAAUUCAAUUUUCAAAUGGUUCCACUAAAACUCAUUUUCUUCCUAUAAUAGAAUGUGAAUCACUGCAGGUGAAAUACAAAAAGAACGUUCCUUACAAGAUAACAGCAACAGCUAAGUUAUUAACCGGAGCUGUGAAAAAUUUCCGUGUGAAUGAGGAUGAAAUCACUUUAUCGGUCAGUCCCCAAAAGACAUUCCUCAAAACUCAUGUGGACACUAAUACAGAAUCAUCAAAGAUUGUGCAUACAGAACUGUGUUUACUUGCUGAGGAAUUUGAGUACUAUAAUGUUGGCAAUGCUCUUUCUAUAACUUUCUGCUUGAAACAAUUGAGAGCAGUGAUGAUGUUUGCUGAAUCUACUAGUUUACCUAUAACUGUACUCUUUGAUACGCCUGGAAGGCCAGUUCUGUUCUGUGUUUCGAAUGAGGCGAUAUAUGAGGGCAACUUUGUGGUGUCGUCGCUGUCGAAUUCGGACUCGCAGGUGACCAGCAGUCAAGAGUCGAGCAUGUCGGAGUCCAGUGUGCACCAGCAGCCGGUCAUCAGUCGGGUCAGAUCGAAUCGGACUGAAAGCGAGGCCAAAACUCAGCUUGUGUCCACUUGUGCCACGAAUGUGUCCGUGAACCAUCUCCAGCAAGACAAUAUGGACUUUGAAUUCGAUUGCAGCAAUAACGUGAAUGAAGACCAACCAGCUAUGGACUGCAACGAUGUGGACAAUCAAAGGUUGUCAAUGAAUGAGAGUAACUUCAACUACAGUUUAAUAAACACGGUGUUUGGACGUUGCUUUCAAGUGUAUUCUAAGCCUCUGUUUCCAGUCAGUGAAAAAGUGCUAGCGUAUGAUUCGGACGGACUAGAAGAUUCAGAUUGAUCUGGCUUCGUGAAUUGGUGCCUUUUGAUUUAGUCUUUUCUGCACUUCCAGAGUGCAAUAUGACGAAAAUAAGAAAAAUCGUGAUAUUAAGACUGCUAGAUUUAGUCACAUAAAGUCAUUCAGUCAUCAAUGAUAAUCACACAUCAUAAUUAUAUGGAUAAGAUGAUGGAGUCAUCUCAACUCAAAGUCGAGUGACAGAGAGUAAACUAGUUUUCUGUUGUCUAAUAAAAACUCUCACUAUUAUUCAUAUAUUUUUGCUUCUCAUGUAUCAACAUAAAGUAAGAGUAUGCAGACAAGGGUGAUAAUAAAUUGCCAGUUUUUGGCAAUGCUCUUCAAAUGCCGCCCUAGCCGUAGACUGUAAUAUAUUGCUGGCAAAUAAGUAAAACAAGAUAAUCAGGGUUUGCUUGGUUAAUGUGAUUAUUGUACGAUUCUGCUAUGUGGCAUCUACUUUUUCACAGCAUAUUCGGUGGUUGUUAGUUUCUCAGAGUAACCAAAGACUAAUUCUAUAGGGAUAUGACGGAAAAUCAUAAUAAAUCAAUGAUUAUGCAAUGUAGGCCUAUUUGAUUUAAUUAAUUAUGGUUUUACAGAAUUUUGUGUUUUUCAAUUCCAUGCCUAGUUAUAUUUUUGUAAUUGUAAAAAGUAUUACUGUAAUAUUCAAUUGAAUAACACAGACUUUUGUCGUUAAAACGUUGUGUAUAAUAAACAAAGAUUUUGUAUAAAAAUGUAAAUUUGUAAACUUUGUUGAUAAUUGAAUAAUUAUGAAUAUAAACUAGACUUACAGAAUAAAUUUGUGUGAGUAUA